AAUGUGCUGUUUACCUGUUGGUGCUGAACGGUACAUUACCUGCUGAGAGGUUAUUUCCUUCUGUGCAGAGGCGGAUGAAGCAUCCAUAGCCGGGUACAGAACCGAACCUGAGGUGAAACUAGAGGCUACAGGAAACCGAUAUGGGAAAGCUGCAGGAUCCAGUCUGUGUUUUAAUAUGUUGGGCUCUGAUGUUAAUGUACAGCAUUGCAGACAGACAGUACUUCAUCCAGGACCAUAAUCUCACCUGGGAUGAGGCCAGGAACCACUGCCAGGUCUGCUUCACAGAAUUGGCGACUCUGAACCAUGACAACAUCGAGACCAUCGUCAAGAACCUCAGCUCCGAGCACUGGACCGGCCUGCGCAAGAACCUCAACUCAACCAGCAACUCUAUCGGUAACGUCAGCAUGUCUUGGUCCCACUGGUCCAAUGGAGAUCCCCUCACCUUCCAGAACUGGUACCCCGGUUGGCCAGUGUUGAAACCCUCUCCCCCAGACAAAGACUGCUGUAGCUGCUCUUGCACCUGCCCUGCAGCGACAAGGAACGAUUUCGCCAACUUCACCGAAGCAAAUGUGACAGACUGGGAGUACUUUGGAGCCGACGCUGAAAACAUCACAAGCUCACUGUUCACUGGACUUCCAGCGUGUACACGGUCACCUAUGCCAACGCCAGCUCCUUCAGAGUCUGAUGAGAAGUACAUUGAGGACUCCUGCGUGGCCAUGCUGAGCUUUGGGCCGUGGGUUGAAAAAAGCUGCUUGGAGCUUUUGCCGUUUAUUUGUUAUGAAGAGCAUUUCUCUGGAGAAGUCAAUGUGACCAAUUUGAGCCCAGAGAGCGCCACUCUGACAUGGCGGAAGGUGCCCGGUGACAUCACCCAUUAUCGCGUGGUGGCUAAAGGCGACAAAGACCUGAUGGAAAAUAAAACCGAAACGACUCACGACCUCGUCAACCUCACAGCCGGCACUCUCUACGCGGUCCAGGUGUUCUCUGUGAAGUGUGAGAGAGAGCUGAACCCACAGAGUGUCACUUUUUACACCACACCCAACAAAGUCGAAAACUUGACAGUCACCAGAGUUACAGAAACAUCCAUUGAUGUGAGCUGGGAAAAACCAGCUGGAAGCCUGGAUUUCUUUCUUUUCAAGGUCGGGAGCAGUGAGACUGAAAUUAACAAAGCCACAAACCACAAACAGGUUGUUGGAUUGAUACCUGGAGGGAGUUACACGAUCACCGUCCUCUCAGGAGUCAAGGACAGCUCAACAAGGAGUGAAGAAUCUACCAUCACAGUGUACACCAAGCCCGAUAUAGUGUCCGACAUGACUGCAUCUAACAAUACCGAAAACUCACUGGUUCUCUCCUGGGGGCCACCUGACGGAAAUUUCACGGGUUUCUUGGUGAAGGCUAUGAACAGCAGUGAUCACACAUUGUUUAAGAAAGAGGUGAACCAAACUCUGUGUGCGGUGCAAGUAACAGAGCUGCCGAUCGGCAACAAAAUCACCCUUGUGGUGACAACACUGACUAAUCACACCCUGAAGGGAAACGCCACAACCAUCUUUGCCUAUACUGCCCCUGGACCGAUUUCAAACCUGAAUGUGGAAACAGAUGAUAACUCCCUUAAUGCCACAUGGGGCCUCCCUGAGGGGAAUUAUUCAUCUUUUGCUAUUGAACUUCUGCUGGAUGAGGAAACGGUGGACACAAAAUCAAACAUAACACAAGCUAGAAUUGAGUUUAAAACACUGAAGCCUGCAUCCAACUACACUGUGGUCGUCCGCGCCGUUAGUGGACAUCUCAAAGGCCCACCAACAGCAUUCUCCAAUUUUACCUUGCCAUCUCCACCAAAAAAUCCCACCAACGCUUCUGUCGAUAAAACCUCAAUCACCUUUAAGUGGACCGCCCCCGGCAACAUAACAAAAGCCAAGUACCUUGUCGAACUCUCCUCCACAUUCUGGGGUCAGAGCUGGUCUGACAGUAUCUCUGACACCACCACCCAUACGUUUUAUAACCUGACAUCAGGAACCAAAUACUUCUUUAAAGUGUAUACAUUGGCAGGUGAACACAAAAGUCUCCCAGCAACUACAGAUGCGACAACAGUUCCAGACGAAGUCGAAAUCAGCUUGUCAAUGGUGUGCUCGUCUGCAGAGUCUCUCCUCUGUGACAACGAAUCCACAAGGAAAAAUGUCUUUGAACAGUUGCGGGAUCAUUUCAAAGUCAACCUGUUGUACGAUGCCAUCGUUUGGAGCCUUACUGAUCAGGCAACUGAAGCAUAAGAUGUAAUGUUAGUUUUUGCAAAUGUGUUGGUGAAGGGAUAUUUGAUGAUCCGGUUUUCUGUUCGUUCUCAACUUUAAAAAAAAGUCUGUACCGAUUCUUUAAUUUUCAGAAUUUUAUUCAUCAAAAUACUACACACAUCUUAGUCAUUACUUUAUCUGCAUUUUUCCUCGAUGUACAUAUUCAGUUUAUUAUUAUUAAUGUUAUUGUAAACUUUAUUUCUACAACACCUUUCAAAAGGAGCUUGUUUUGCAGUGUAAACCUAAACUUUUUCUUUUUUUUAAAUCCAGGAAAAUAAAUAAAAGAAACCACACGUUACUGUCAAAGUAAAUAUCCUCAUAAGUGAAAUAUUUGUGUAGGUAAAUCUAAAAUUUGAGAAACUGCGACAAAGCAUUGACAUAAUGGGACUAACAUGACAGCAUAGUAAGGAGCUAAAAUCUCAGUUUUAUUUGCUUUAUAGUGCAUUCGUCAGUUUUUCCUUUCAUGAUGUGGCAUGUCUGAAGUUUUAAAUAAAUGAAUUCAUAACUCAAUG